UCUGAGCCCCUUUGGAUGUGCGCUCGUUUCUGUUAUUUAAUGUCCCGACGUGGGCGGACAUAAGGCGAAUUUCCAAUGAAAAGUCACUGUGUCGUGAAGCAGAGAAACGAUUAAUACCAAAUCGAGGAAACCGAAUGUAAACACUUCCUUUUGGUUUGUCAACAACGGGAGUAAAGGGGCGUAGGGUAAGAACAACUAAGAGUGCGUUUCAAUAUGAUUUAAAGGUGAAUGUGGACCAAGUGAUUCCCCUGUCAUCAUUUCCCAGUACAUCAAUGUGUAUUAUCUUCUUUAAGUUUGACCCUCGGCCUGCAUCCAAAAAUGCUUACAGGCUAAUUUUGGCUGCAAAUAGAGAUGAGUUAUACAACAGACCCUCCAAGGCUGCAGAUUUCUGGGGGACCAACAAUGAGAUCCUCAGUGGUCUGGACUUGGAGAUUGGGAAGGAAGGUGGAUCCUGGUUGGGGAUCAGCAAGAGGGGCAAGCUGGCUGCCAUUACCAACUACAUGGAAGGAGCUCCCAACCCCGAAGCACAAGGGAGAGGAUUUCUGGUGUCUAACUACCUUAUGGAUCAAGAUGUAGACAGUUACUCUUACCUGAAGAAGGUGUCCACAGAAGGCCACCUAUACAACGGCUUCAAUCUCAUCACAGCUGAGUUCAAAGCCAAACGAGACACUGUGUGUUACUAUGGAAACAGAGGCAGAUCUGAACCCAUCCAUCUAAAUCCAGCAGGAAUCUAUGGCUUAAGUAAUUCGCUCCUGGAUACGCCGUGGAAGAAACUGCUGCGAGGCAAGCACCACUUCACUAGCGUCGUCAGUGACCAGUCACUAUCCUGUGAUAGACUGGUGCAAGAGCUGCUCACUGUCCUUAAUAACGAGGAACUGAACACACCUGAUCUGAUCCAGGAGAGCCAGGGUGAAUCCUACAGCAGGUCUAUGGUCCAGGCUUUGUCCGCUGUGUGUGUUCGCUCCCCUAAUUAUGGCACAAGGACCAACACAAUAAUCCUGAUAGAUGCAGAAGGGAAUGUCACCUUUACCGAGCGCACAAUGCUCAACUGUGACCAGAGCAAAUGGAGCACCAGUACUUUUCAGUUUAACCUGCAGGUGUGACCAAAUGGAGAACACCCACUAUGUGCCUUUCUGCGACACCCCUUCCUUCCACCUGACUCGGCCGCUCCACUGCAGCUGCACAGCUGUAGCAGUGAAGUGAGAAAAGAAGACUUGGCUGCACUCUUUCUUUGGCUGCCUCAUAAACUUUAGCAAUAUGGAUUUUAUUGUUCUUGAUUUAAGUUAUAAUGCAACUUGGGAAAAAAUGCCAAAGUACAUUUGUAAUUUUGUAGAGGGAAAUAUUUUGCUUACAUGUCACAGAACUGGUGUUGGAAUGCUUAGAAAGGUCUAAUCUGUUGCUAGUGAUCCUAAAAUCUUGGAGUGCUUGAAGUCAAACUUUCUUUUUCAGUCCAUAGUAUAGAGGGAAUGUGCUUUUUGUACAAUUUUCAGUCUGUAGCUUGAAAUGUGUUCAGAUUUAAGUUUACAGUAGUCAUUAUGAGCGGGGAGUCUGUUUACUCCAACACUUAUUUCAGCCAUCCUGCUCACUGCCAUCACAUCAGUUAUCCCAUUGUUGGCUGCAACAGUGUUGUGUGCAAAAUGUUUCAGGCAAUGAAUUUUUGACUUCUGUGGUUUAAAAUAAAUGAAUAAAAAUGGGAAAAAUAUUUGAGAUCA